UAAUGACAUUGACGAUAUGAUGGAUGAUGAAGACCCUGUAGAAGAUGAUGGAUACAUGAGCGGAAAUGAAUACAAAGAGCAAGAUUCUGCAGGAAAUGAUAGUUAUAGGAGAAUAAGAGAUGAAUUUGAGGCGCAAGAUCCAGCAGAUGAUGAUGAUAGCUAUAGGAGAGUCAGAGAUGACUGCAAAGAGGAUGCACAAGAUAAUGUCUCUGAAGAUGAGGUGCGUGAUAAAGUUUCUAAGCCUGAUGAAACUAUGGAUGCUUCUAACUCUGUGACACAUGAGGAAAAUGCCGUUGAGCCAAUAGAUGAGGCUGAGAGAGAGAAACAUGCUAAGUUGUUCUCUCUUCCCCCUCAUGUGUCAAAAGUUUUCAUUGGUGGGCUUCCCUGUGAUGCAACAGAGGAGGACCUAAAAGAGCUUUGUGAACCCUUCGGUGAAAUUUUUGAGGUAAAGUUGGUGAAGGACAAGGAAAAAAGGAAAAUCAAGGGUUUUGCUUUUAUUUCAUUCACAUCAAAGGAUGUUGCACAUAAAGCCUUUGAAGAAGUGCAAGAUAAAGAAUUCAAGGUACCCUAGCAACUCUGAUCCCCUGGCUCAGCCUCAAAUCUCGGCUUUCAACUACUCCUCAGGGGCUAAGCACAAUGGGACAUCAAAGUUGAUUUUGAAGUAAUUGA